UAUCUGCUGUUAGUUACCGAGCGGAACCCGCUGCGCUGCCGUCUCCCGGGGCAACCAGCCUGCAAACAGGACCCGGCUAUGAGCAGCAGCGGCUCUGCCUGUGAGGAAGGAAUGAUCUGAAGGUGCAACCUCUUCGAAAAAGCCAUCCUGAAGACCAGCUGCCAAAAUGACCAGCAUCAGUGACAAAGAGGAGGCUCGAGCGGAGCUGGACUCAGUAGAAGCUGAGUUGGAGGUGCUGGAGCUGCAGAUUUCUGAGCUCCUGGAGAAGCAGGCCUCUCUAACUUCCAGGAAGAACAAGCUACUGAAAAUACUGGAUGGUUCCUGUGAUUCUUCUCAGCCCUCAGGAUCUGGAAAGGCCUCCAAACCAGCUUUCAGCAAGAAGGACCUGCAACACUAUGAAGAGUCAGAUUUCCCAUGGUCAAAAGGGGUUCAGGAGAAAAUGGAGAAUGUUUUCAAGCUCUCCAAAUUCCGGCCACUUCAGCGGGCAGCCAUCAACCUCAGCAUGUCCGGGAAAGACCUCUUCUUGGUGAUGCCAACUGGCCGUGGCAAGAGUUUAUGCUACCAGCUGCCAGCUGUCUGUUCAAAGGGUUUUACACUGGUUAUUGCUCCAUUGGUGUCCCUAAUGGAGGACCAACUUAUGUAUCUGAGGUCCAUCGAUGUUCCUGCUGUGACACUCAAUGCCUCUAGUUCAAAGGACCAAUCCAAAUAUGUCAUGGCAGGCAUGACGGAUAAAAAUAGUCCCUUCAAACUACUGUACGUCACCCCGGAGAAGAUCGCCAAGAGCAAGCUACUGAUGUCUAAACUAGAGAAGGCCUAUAAUAUGGGUCUGCUUGAGCGCAUUGCUGUGGAUGAAGUUCACUGCUGUAGUCAGUGGGGUCAUGACUUCAGACCAGAUUACAAGCUUCUCGGCAUCCUAAAGCGUCAGUUCCCCAAAGUCCCACUGGUUGGACUGACUGCCACUGCGACCAGCAGCGUUUUGAAGGACUGCCAGAAGAUUCUGUGUGUUCCAGAUCCAGUGACUCUCACGGCACCGUUCAACAGACCUAACCUCUACUAUGAAGUUCGAGUUAAGGAUAAUGAAGGCUCAACCAAAGAAAUAGCAGGACUGAUCAAGGGAAGAUACAAGGACCAGUCAGGGAUUGUGUACGUCUUCUCCCAGAAAGAUGCAGAGGUGGUGUCCGGAGACCUGCAGCAGAAGGGCAUCAUGGCACAGCCGUACCACGCAAACAUGGAGCCUUCAGACAAGACCUUGGUUCAUCAUCAGUGGUCUAGCAAAAAGAUCCAGGUGGUCGUGGCCACUGUGGCGUUUGGAAUGGGCAUCGACAAAGCAGAUGUGCGCUUUGUUAUCCACCAUACCAUCAGCAAGUCAAUAGAGAACUAUUAUCAGGAGAGUGGCCGUGCAGGGCGGGACGACAGUCCGGCAGAUUGCAUCGUGUUCUAUGGGUUUGCAGAUAUUUUCAGGAUUAGUACCAUGGUUGUGAUGGAGAAUACUGGCCAGCAGAAGCUUCAGAAUAUGGUGGCCUAUUGCCAGAAUGUGGACAGGUGUCGCCGUGCCAUGAUGGCUGUUCACUUUGAUGAAGUUUGGGAUGAUGAGGAAUGCAACCAGAUGUGUGAUGUCUGUCGGCAUGGCAAUGACUAUGUCACCAUGGAUAUCACCAAGCAUGCGCGUGAGGUGGUGAACCUUGUGGAGCUGGCUGGGUCUCUAGAUGAGAAGAUGACUCCACUCAAGGUGUGCGAUACCUGGAUGGGGAAAGGGAAUGCCAAACUUCGCAAAAUGAUCACGGUCACGAUCCUGUCACGUCAGGAGGUGGAGUCCAUCAUUGUCCAUCUCUUACUGCAUGGCUACUUCAGAGAAGACUUCAGCUUCACCCCAUAUACUACAUACUUCUACCUGAAGGUAGGACGCAAGGCUCCUCUACUUAAGAAUGAAAGCCACUGUGUCACGAUGAAGAUGAAGAGGAGAGUGCCUACACCCAGCUCAGAGAGGCAGUCGGGAGCAGCUUUAAGUGAUGACCAAUCGGCCGCUGAGCUGCCUGAAGAAACCGUCACUAACUUGAAUGAUGCCGACAGUGACCUGUGUGAAAAUAUCAGAUCAAUCAAAAUCAACAAGGACCAACAGAACCUGGAGAGGAAACUUUCCCAGAACCAGGACAGCAGCUCUUCACAAGCACCUGAAAUUAGCCACCCCCCUGUAAUUGAGGUUAACGUAGAAGUCAGUAUUCACGAACAGAGCUGUGCUGCUGGAAGCGAUGGAACAUCUCAUAAUAACGGAGGUCUUACAAUCAACCCUAAAAGAAAAUCAGUGUCGCCUAAAAGAAGAAAGCGAAUUUCAUCACCGGUUUCUAAAGCUGGCCAUCCAAAGUCUGCUCUGGUCAGCUGUCCAUCUGAGACCUCAGUCAUUUCCGCUGCAGCCCUCGAAGAGCUGUGUGACCUCCACAGUUACUACAACAAACAGUUGCGACAAAUAAACUACAUUUCCCACGAACACUUGCAGGACGCAGGUUCAGGAAUGCUGACCUGUAUAAGAGAGCCGCUUAGAAGUCUGCGUCUCCCAUCAAGUACAACCAUAGCCAGAAGUGCCAGAAAUUUAUGGACACGUGUCAGUAUGAGAAGGAAACUCAUUCAGAGAUGACCACGUAUUACUUCUGAAGAUUUAUUUUUAUUUUGUAGUGAAUGAACUUUUCCUUUUUACAUUCGGAGGUAAGGAAUGAAGAUGCCUCAGGAUUGACUGUUACUGUUUUGAGAACUGUGUGAAAUUCCCUGUUUUAGGGAUGUUUGAAAUAUAAUGUGCUGCACUGUCUACGUAUUGAAAAGACACUGUACUCAUGUUUGAUUUGAUAUGUGAUUUACGUCAAGAAUUGAAUUUUGUUUAUGCUGGCAGUACUUAAGGCCACUAGCCUCCUUCGUUUAUGUUUCACAAAUGAUUAUGGAUGUUUGUUUUGCUAGCAGUGAUAAACUGCCCCCUGCUGCAGCUUUGAAAAUGUCUGAUUGUUAAGCAGUGAAGGAUAGUAAAGAGUCCAGAGCGUCUAUGGAAAAUUAUGGAAGUGCAUAAUAAUGUUCCAGUAAAGCUGUUCUCGAUGCUGCCUGCUGUGCAGAUAAA